AUGACAUCCUUUAUCGUUGCGUUUUUUGCUUUCGCUCUUGUGCUUCCACUGUAUGCUGUGCCGGUCACGCGAACGUCGUCAACAGACACGCUCAUAUAUGAUGCUGUGGUGGUGGGGACCAACGAAGUUGUCGAAUUGAUGCCAGCUCUCACUGGCUUACCGAGUCCAAUUUCCAUUCUAACGAAUGUAGACAUCGGUACGUGCGCUUCAGGGGAGAUAUGCGUCGCAAAAGUCUUCACGGAUAGUGCUAGCCAUGUAGCAUCAUCCGUGGUUGCUGAGUUUCGCGUGUUGCCCGCUUCGAUCGUUACCGCACUGGAGGACAUUGUUGAGGCUAUAGAUGCAGGGAUUGAGGUUGAUAGAUUUGCCAGCAACACCAUGAACAGCGGUCUUUUGAUUUCGCUUACCUCGGCGUCUACAAGGCAGGGCGGGACUACUGGGAGUGUGUCAGCUGCGGAGGGUUCGUCUGGUCGAUCAGCUGUGUCAACCAGAACACCAUCUACGCAGAACGCUUCGCCAGACGUGGUAUCAAACCCUUCAAUGUCUGCAACAACCUCUGUCAAUUCUUCUGGUACAGGGGCUACGAUAUCAGCGAGUAACAGCUCUGAGGGCAAUAGUCCUCCAGCAAACACACACAAUACUGCUCUCAAUAUGGCAGGAUCUCUGCCAGUCACGAACAAGGCGUUAGGGGGCAGUAACCGUACUAGAUCUGGAACACCCACAGCUUCGUUACCUACAGGUCCAGUCAUCUAUGCCGUCAAAAUCACAAAAUCCCAAGGCUCCGUCACGAAUGAAAUUGUCCAAGUGGGAUACUCUUCAGGUGUGCCGAGCACAAACGCUUUGUUCGCGUACGUAGACAGUGUCACGACUACGGUGACAAGUGUGCCGAUUGGAGUUUCGAUCCAGACUAUUACCAUCUCAACAUGUACCACUGCAGGCGCCAUUAUUACCGCGACAUCGUCUGGGAGUACCGUCGCAACCGAGGUACCUGAAUUAUGCACACACGGUCUUGCAUUCCUCAUUUUUGGGCUACCAGGGUUUCAUUCGUCUUCCGACUUCCCUUCUCUCUGCCACAAAUUAUUCUCCUUUCCCUUGGGGAUCAUAUGGCGGUUAUUCUGUCCUCUUGGUGGACCUCCUACCAUUUCAAUCAUCAGCAUCGAUCCAUCAAAAUUGCCGCCAGGCGAGAAUCCAAAUGGUGUCAAUCCUGAGGACGAAACGCCUACUCCGAUUCAAAGCCCGAGCCAAACAAUGCAGAGCAUGGUUUCUUCAUCAGCUGCAGACACGCCAACUCGAUGCGUGGUCAUGCCAUUAAUCGAUACCCCCCAAUCCGCGACAAAAUCUCUGUUCGCCCCAUAUGCUCAACGGAAGGAUGUCACGCAAGCAAAUAGAAGCGACGGUACCCUGGAAAUUUUCGCCUUAGAGCUCAGCGACACCGAGGCUUCGGUCAUCGAUGCUAAUUCUGAUUUCAUCAUCAUACAAGAAUCCGAACUUGAAAUUGAAAUGCCAGACAGUGGACAGACGGAUCCAGAUCUUAACGGCACCAUCUAUGCGACGGAGCCUCUUGAUUCGAAGCCUAACGUGGGCUCAAGAGAUCUUCAUGAUGGAGAUCAAAGGCCGAGAGGUGGUGGUCUAUUCCAGCGGAUUCCGGUCCAGGGCUGGGCGGAAAAGAUUGCAGCAUGGAAGCUUGCCAUGAUAUCGCUAGCACCGGAUCUUCCGUUCAGAUUACAGUCUUGGCGAACGGGAGCCUCGUCAAAAUGUGCGGGUCUACCUCCUGGAUACCGGUCUCAACAUGCAGCAUCCGAAUUCUUCGGUCGACUCAAGCCAGGUAUCACACGUGGGCAAACUCAGGACGAUUGGGACAUAGACUGGCUUUUUCCUAGAGUAGAUAACAUAGAGAAAUUUUUUGUCACAAUGCCUGGCGGCAUGAUUAUCCAGCAGCCGUAUGAAUACAGCUACAUCGACCCGGACUCCCCAAAUCCUGAUGGUGGGAUCCAUCCAGCUUACUCAGACUUUCGAUUAAGACAGGUCGAGUAUGGCGAUCAUCUUGGUCAGGCGCAAAAGUGUCGUCAUACGGUCGUCAAGUUGCCACAAUAUACCAACGGCCCUCGCUCCGCAAGUGGCGUAUUGUUUCCCCUUUUCUCGGUCAAAGACGCAAUUGCCAUGAUGACCGAGGUUAUAGAGGAGAAAAAGCGACUAGGAGAAGAAUACUUUGUGAUCUCCUCUGCCCUGGGAUAUCCGUUUGGCGAUCAAGGCGACGUAAGCCAAUAUCCAAAGAGUGCUGAGAAAAAUUUCUCAAAGAUGUGGAGAAAUUUUCUAGACUGGGUUGAUGACAACGCAAUUACUAUCAGCGCCGCUGUGGGGAAUACAGGCGAUGAGAAUCCAGAGAUUGGCCUCAUUCCCGCACGGCUGUUCCGCAAUCCGGAGAUUGUAAUAGGAAGUGUCACACCUGACGCUGUGGCUCAUCCGGAAUCUCAAGGUCAUAUAGGAGACAAUAUCCUGACAGCCUACGCACUAGGUGCAGGUGCUUGGAUCGUGUCAAGUGAUCCAAGUGGGGCUUACAUUUUUCAAUACCUUGACCCUACUCUGAGCGCCGUGACAUCGUAUGCGUGUGGAAUCACAAUUGGCUAUAUCGCCUAA